GGGGCGGACCGCGGCCACUCGGCGCACGCGAGGGCGGCAGGAGGGGGCGUUCCGGGAAGGGAAGGAGCCCGUCGCCCGCGCUCGAGUUGGCGCCGCUGAAGGCUCGCCCUCCGUGCCGCCCACCUGAGGCGGGCGGGCGGGCGAGCGUUUGCUGGGGAGCAGCAGGGAGGGACAAGGCACCUCCGCGGACGCUUGGCCAGGAGGCGGCAGGAGGAGGAGGAGGAGGAGGAGGGCGACGGCGCUGGACUGGGGGCUGCGCGGAGAGCGCCUGAGGAGCACCGCGCCGCUCCUGCCGGAGAGACCGCGGAAGGACUCCGCGCGCGGGCCCCAGGACAGAGGAGGGUCCGCCUGCGCCCGGGGGGAAGGAACUUCGUUGCGCGGGCGGCGGGGCGCAGGAGUUUCGCCCGGGACCUCGGGAGAGGGUCCGGAGCCGAAGGGAGGCUUCGCCCCCGCGCCUGCGGAGAGACGAGCCGCCUCUCGGGGGCAGGCAGGCUGCGCGUCAACUUCUCCCCGAGCUGCCUCGGCCGGUGGACGCCAGGAUGAAUAAAUGAAUACCAAACUUCAAGGAUCAUGCCAGAGACUAUGCAGCCGUCUGGAAUUACCUUUGCCCUUCCCCAGAUCAUACACUACACUGUGAUGAUAAAAACAGGAGACCUGCUGAGGUGCUUGCCAGAGAUGCUGUCAAACGAAGUAUCUGCCUGUAACCCCAGAUGCAACUCUAAGUGAAAGGAGAACAGACAAAAGACCGAGAUAGUGACAUCUGUGAAAUAGACAGAAAGGAGUCUGUCGUCCUUAAAGUGGGCAGUUCAAACCGUCUGAACUUUUGGACACCCCAAAGGCCUACCCACUGGAUUCUUUAAAGGACCGACACUCCACGUGGAAACACUCCUGGAAUACCAAUGUGGACUUCCAGCAGAAUGGGCAGCAUGAAGUGGUUUGGACUCAGUAUAUCCAUAUGCUUUUACUUAAUGAUGAACCUCAUUACAAUUGUAUUAUCUGAGAGCGCCAGGCCACCUGGUAAAGGACAAGAAGUUAGCUUGUCAGACAAUUUGUUUCUACAUCAGCGAAUGAAGAGGAGCUGGGUGUGGAACCAAUUCUUUGUUUUGGAAGAAUACACUGGAACAGAUCCUUUAUAUGUGGGAAAGCUCCAUUCUGAUAUGGACAGAGGAGAUGGAUCAAUUAAAUAUAUCCUAUCAGGAGAAGGAGCAGGUAUUGUAUUCACCAUCGAUGACACUACUGGGGAUAUCCACGCUAUUCAGAGGCUAGACCGGGAAGAGAGGUCCCAGUACACGUUGAGGGCCCAAGCCUUGGAUAGACGGACAGGCAGGCCAAUGGAACCGGAAUCUGAAUUCAUCAUCAAAAUCCAAGAUAUCAAUGACAAUGAACCCAAAUUCCUGGACGGGCCAUACGUUGCUGCAGUACCAGAAAUGUCACCAGUGGGCACUUCCGUUAUCCAAGUGACAGCAACAGAUGCUGAUGAUCCUACCUAUGGGAACAGUGCCAGGGUGGUCUACAGCAUCCUCCAAGGACAGCCAUAUUUCUCUGUGGACUCCAGAACAGGUUUAAUUAGAACAGCACUAAUGAACAUGGACAGAGAAGCAAAGGAAUAUUACGAAGUGAUUAUCCAAGCCAAAGAUAUGGGCGGACAGCUGGGGGGUUUAGCUGGGACAACCACCGUAAACAUCAGCCUGUCCGAUGUCAAUGACAAUCCACCCAGAUUUCCACAGAAACAUUAUCAAAUGAGCAUAUUAGAAUCUGCUCCCGUCAGCUCUACCGUGGGCCGUGUCCUUGCGAAAGACUUGGAUGAAGGCAUCAAUGCGGAAAUGAAAUAUAGCUUAGUGGAUGGGGACGGUCUGGAUGCUUUUGAUAUUAUGACGGAUCCUAAUUAUCAAGUUGGCAUAAUCACCGUGAGAAAGCCCCUGAGCUUCGAGACCAAGAAAAGCUACACGCUGAAAGUAGAGGGUGCCAACCCCCACCUGGAAAUGCGCUUUCUCAACCUAGGCCCAUUCCGUGACACCGCGACUGUGCACGUCAGCGUGGAGGAUGUGGACGAGCCACCGGUGUUUGAGCCUAGCUUUUAUUUUGUGGAGGUACCUGAAGAUGUGGACAUUGGGACCACCAUACAAAUGCUUUAUGCCAAGGACCCUGAUGUGACCAACAACUCAAUCAGAUACUCCAUUGACCGGAGCAGUGACCCUGGGCGGUUUUUUUAUGUCGACGUUUCAACGGGCGCUUUGAUGACUGCACGACCGCUGGAUCGGGAAGACAUUGCGUGGCACAACAUCACUGUCUAUGCCGUGGAGACGAACAACCCUUCCCAAGUUGGGAGUGUUACAGUCACAGUCAGAGUCCUGGAUGUGAAUGACAAUGUUCCUGAAUUCCCCAGGUUCUAUGAGGCUUUUGUGUGCGAAAAUGCGAAGCCUGGGCAGCUGGUUCAGACAGUUAGCGCAGUGGACCAAGAUGACCCACAGGAGGGACAGCACUUCUACUACAGCUUGGCGCCCGAGGCAGCCAACAACCCCAAUUUCACUCUAAGGGACAAUCAAGACAAUACAGCUUGGAUUCUAACUAGGAGAUCAGGCUUCCGGCAGCAUGAGCAGAAUACGUUUUACCUUCCUGUCCUGAUAGCUGAUAAUGGGCGCCCCAUGCUGAGCAGCACCGGGACUGUAACAAUCCGCGUCUGCAGCUGCGAUGACAAAGGUCUGCUGAUGUCCUGCAACGCAGAGGCAUACGUCCUUCCAGUCACUCUCAGCAGAGGAGCGCUUAUUGCUAUUCUAGCCUGCAUCUUCGUCUUGCUAGUGCUGGUGUUGCUGAUCUUAUCAAUGAGAAGACACAGGAAGCAGCCUUACAUUAUUGAUGAAGACGAAAACAUCCACGAGAAUAUCGUACGCUACGAUGAUGAGGGCGGCGGGGAGGAAGACACGGAAGCCUUUGACAUCUCUGCCCUUUGGAACCCUAGAGAGGCCCACCUGGUGAUGAAGAGCAGGCAGGACAUGAUGCCCGAAAUAGAGAGCCUCUCCAGAUACGUCCCUCAAGCAUGCACAAUGGACAGCAGUGUCCACAGCUACGUACUGGCCAAGCUCUACGAAGCGGACAUGGACCUCUGGGCUCCCCCCUUUGACUCUCUCCAGACGUACAUGUUCGAGGGCAACGGGUCCGUGGCAGAGUCCCUCAGUUCCUUGCAGUCAGUGACGACAGACUCGGAGCAAAACUAUGACUACCUGACGGACUGGGGCCCCCGCUUUAAAAAGCUGGCCGAAAUGUACGGCGCCACAGAAGGGAACGGCGGCACCCAGUGGUAACGACUGCUUACGGGCAGCGGACUCUGUGCUCAACCCAGCCGUCUGAGUGUGUACUCGUCAGAUAUGAGGACCUGGGUGAAGAGGCCUCGUACUUCGAAUAGCAAUAUGGUGCUCGAGGGCGAAUGCGGGAGAAGAGUGGACAUAAAUCCAAGCUCUGUCUCGGGAUCAGCUUUACUCAGUUAUGUUAAAGUUACGUUUGUAAACAAUGAUAAAAAAGGAAAGAGAAGGGGAGGGGGGGGAUUCCUGGGAUUUUUUUUUUAAAAAAAGGCUAAACUUGAACGCUUCACUCCUGGACUAGAAUGACAUUGCCCUCUAUUUGGUGUACUUUCCCCCCCAAUGACAGCUUAUUAAGUUCUUUACAUUUGGGUGUGAAGAUGUGCAAUUUCCAGUUCACAAAGGAAGGGUCUGCAGAAAAAAACGUCCCAGUGGAUUCUGCCCUCCGUGUCUUGGGUCACAAAAGAAACACGCGAGUGGGGUUUCUUCACCAGCAAAGAGUCCCUUCGCUCUUACAAGUAAAUUGGCUUUUGCCACCUUGGUGGAGAGAAUUAGUGAAGGCCAGAGGCAUUGAAUUCAUGUGUGAUGAGGGUCGAAUAGGACAUAAAUGUGAGUUGGUCGAACCAGGUCUGGGGGGGAGGGGGUAGCCUUCCUCGGCGGGGGAGUGUCUGGACUUGCAAGCCGCAGUGGGGGCCAGUGGCCGCCUUGAGAGGGCUUAGGGGCCCAUGAGGCAGCUGAAGCAACCUCCCUCACUCCCUCAAGCCAGGUCGGAAACGAGGGGGGGAUUACCUCAGUUGGCUCAGAGGAGCCCCCUCAACAGGCCAGAUCUAGCCCCCAAGCCACAUUUUGUUCGACACCAAAUGGCACACCAUUGGAAAGACAUCCGAUCGAUGGUCGCUUGCGUUAAUACUAACAUCAAAUUAAUGUAUGUUGGGUCCCUCCUCAGCUUUUUAAAAACAAACCUGCAACCCUGGUUCAGAAUGAAGCCAGACGAGGGAAAGAAUGCCUCUUUUUUGCACUGUAGAUAUUUCUCCCAUGUGCCAAAUGGGGAGAAAACAAUUAGACGCUACCAGUGAAAGCCAAAUAGAAGGGAAAUUAUUUGAUCAAUACGUCGGAAAGAGGGGGCUUUCCCAAACCGUGCGCGUUCAAACCGAGGGAAGUUUACGUACUGUAGGUAACCUACUUGAACAAAACGGAGUAUUAUAGUGGAAUAAGUGGAUGUAAGAAAUAUUCCAUAUAUAAUUUUUGUAUAUUUGUUAAUAAUUUUGGUAAUAAAUAUCAUGUACUGGAUACAAUGCAGUACCUUAGAACCUCUUUUAAUAAAAGUUAAAUCAAAUGCA